GUUCAAUACUAACCAGAGUCGUCUGACCAGUAAAUCACGAUGUACCUCUUACUGUUGUUCACUUUAGUGAGUGUCUGCGUGGCGUGGUUGUAUGCGAAAUGGAUGCAUAUGAAGAGUUAUUGGGUGAACAGGGGUGUUCCCCAGGGACCCGUGAACCCUAUAUUUGGUAGCAUGAGGUUCUUGCAGCAAAAAAAUCCAGGAGUAUGGAUGCGUGAGCUGUACGAGCAGUUCAAGGAGUUCCCGUACGUGGGUAUCUGGGUGUUCUGGCGGCCAGGCCUGGUCAUCAACAGUCCGGAGCUGGCGCGGCAGGUGCUCGUCAAGGACGCCGACGUCUUCAGGAACAGGCUCCUGCGCUCCGGCAAGCGGGAUCCCCUCGGGGCCUUGAAUCUUUUGACCGUUGAUGACCCACUAUGGAGUUCCAUCCGCAGACGUCUAACAUCAGUGUUCACGGCCUCCAAGCUGAGAGGUUGGCACGAGUUGUACCAGAGCAAGGUGUCGGACCUGGUGGAGCGCAUCCGAACUGACAAGGAGAAGGGAGUCACCGUCAACUUGAGGUCUCUGUUCGCGGACUAUUCAACUGACAUCAUAGGAGAGUCUUCGUUCGGCAUUCAGUGCCAAGCCACCAAGAACAGCAGCGGGCCCCUGAGGGCCAUGACGCUGGAGUUCGAGAAGUACAGCACGUGGAGGGGCAUGGGUUGGUCCUCCAUGUUCUUCGUGCCAGAGAUGGUUGAUAUUUUUGGGUUCUCGUUCUGGCCACAAAACACAGUUGAUUACUUCAGGAAGAUUUUCUCCAUGAUGGUAAAAGAGAGAGGAGGAUUAGACAAGGAGGUCGAUGGCAAGAGAGACCUCCUUGAUGCUCUACUCAAGAUGAGACAGGAUGCUUUGAAGGAUAACCAGGAUAUGGAUUUGGAUAUUCUAGUCUCGAAUGCAAUGAUCCUCCUUCAAGGCGGCUAUGAUACCUCUUCUGCUGCCCUAAUGUACAUCUGUUAUGAAUUGGCUUACCAUCCAGAAUAUCAGCAAAGACUGUAUGAAGAACUACUAAAAGCUAAGAAAAGCCUCGGUGAGAAAGAGUUCGAAGCAGCAGAUUUGGCGGAGUUGCCGUUCCUUAAUGCAGUGUUUAACGAAACAUUAAGAAAAUACCCCAUCAUGGGUUGGUUGGACCGCGUGGCCCUCAAGGACUACCGGGUUGAUGAGAAGCUCACCAUUAAGGCUGGUACUGUGGUGUACGUUAACGCUGUCGGCAUGCACAAGGACCCGCAGUACUUCCCCGAGCCAGAGAAAUUCCAUCCUGAAAGAUUCCUUCCUGAAAAUGUGAAGAAUAUCGUGCCUUACACGUUCCUGCCUUUUGGAGAUGGACCCAGGAGCUGUAUAGGUAAACGCAUAGGCCAGAACACAGUCCGGUACGCAUUGGCCGCUGUGCUCCUGAACUAUGAGGUCAGAUCGAAACCAGGAGAGGUGGAGCCGAACGACAUGAAGUUUGACAGGAGACAGAUGUUCUACGCGCCUGCGCAGGACCUGUCCGUCGAGUUCAUACCGAGGAAAUAAGCGUGUGUGUGUAACCAGGGUUACACGACGACACGAGCUGCCCGGCCGCUGAAGCAGAGGAAGGUUGUGGAACGGAGAAACUGAUGCAUUAAGCAAAAUAUUAGCACCAGUGUAAGCCUAGACAAGGUAGCAUCGUAUUAAAAUAUAUAGGAACGAAAUUCCUUUUCCGCAAGUGUAGUGACUUUGACUUGUCGGUUCAAUACAUUGAUGUGAUUCAAUACCAGGGCUGUGUAUCUUCAGGCAUAUUGAUGCUACUUUGUAUAUUUUAUUGUACAUUGUAAAUUGUAUUUCUCCGUUCUUCAAUAAUGCAAGAUCAUUCCGCUUCAGUGGUCAGGCAACCGUAUACCCAUAUUUGAGAAUGGAAUAAUAUAUAUGAAUAUGGAAGCAAGCAAAUGCUGUAAAAAAAUCUUAACAAAUGCUAUUCGUUUUUACAAAAAUCUACCAGAUAGUACCAGGUCGUGACUACGAGUGCGUAGAGGACAGGAUAAGAGGAUAGCUUGUGGUUGUAGCAUCUCCUCUGCACUUGUGGUCUCCUGGUGGUUUUAUAUUUGCUUGAAAUAUUAUUAGAACUAGCUUUCUCAUAGCCUCUACCUGUAGAAGCUUUGACAUGCCUUGACAUUCCUGUUAAUGAUUGGUUAGGAUGUUUAUUGUGUGUAAAUCUUAUUUGUGUUUUCCGAAAUGCUUCAUUUUUUUGUGCAUGUAACAUCAUCGUAUUUUGUUUUCCCUUUUCAUUUCAUUCGUAAUGUUUAGUUUUCUCCUCCUUUUUUGUUAUUUCAAAUAUGUGCUAACUUGCGUUGUCGCCUCUUCUUAUAAUAAUGUAUAAGAAUUUUUGUAUUUUUCUAUGUUCAAAUCGACCUAUGGAGUUUCGUGUCGGUUCUUUCCCAUAAGAAUGACAUUGUGGAACUGCGCAACUAGAGUCAAAUUAACAUUUUGAAAAGCAUGAUAAUAAAAGGUACUUCUAAUAAAAA